AUGGAGGUGACCACUGUGACCCCAUCUCCUGCCUCACCCACUGCAGGGGACGAUCUCUGUGAGACUGAUGUCACCAAGGUGGCCAUACACAGUGUGACACUGUUCAUCUGCCUCUGUGGGCUGGUGGGGAACGGGGCUGUCCUCUGCUUCCUCAGCCUGGAAAGCCGCACCCAUGCCAUCUUCGACUUGGUUGUCACCGACUUCCUCUUCCAUCUCUUCAUGAUCUCCUCUGCCCUCCUCUUCCUUGUGGAGGCCAUAUGCUGCUCUCCUAUCCUGCCCUUGACAUACAUGAGCUUCCUUUUCCAGCUAUCAGUGAUCUCCUGCUUCUGGGGGCUGUACCGGCUGAUGGUCAGCACUGCUGUGCUUGAUGUCGAAAAGCUCUUCCAGCUCUGCUGCCACCAUGAACUUCCCAAGCGCUUGUGGUUGGUGUUGUUCAGUGUGCGACACUGGGCCUUCUUAGCUCUCUUCACUGUCAUUCCCAUGAUAACAUCCCUGUGCCCGUCCCACGAGCAGGAGCACUGCCGGGUAGCUCUCAUCUCCAUCUACGCUGUCAUCCUGCUCCUCUUUGCUGCACCUGUGGUCAUUUCCAGCACAACUGAUAUCAUAAGGGCCAGGUGUGGCUCCAAGAAGCAGAAACCCAAGAGGCAACACGUCGUUGUCUUUAUCAUUGUGCUCUUCACUCUCCUCCUCAGUCUCUGCAAUUUCCUGCAGCAGCUCGGAUAUUUCCCUGUGACCCAACAGAUUUUCUUACUGCUCAUCUGCAUCCACAGCAGCAUCAAACCCUUCAUCUACUUCUUGGCAGGGAGGUGCUGGAGUCCCUGCUCCAUAGGGUCCCUCCGACUCUCACUCCAGAGAGUUUUUGUGGAGAAGGAAGAAAACACUGACUGCAGCAAUGAUGAAAACACAGACACAGUGAUCUGAGCCUGUUGAUCCCUUCCACUGCUCUGCUGCAGGACCUCAGCACAGGUUUCCUUGAGUCACCUGAUUAAUAAAUAUCCACAGCUUCACCCUCCCUGUGCUGGUGUGCUCCUGCAGGAGAAGGGAGCAGGGACAUUGCCAGGGACAAUGUGGGAGGGAUGCUUUGCCAUAGACACAUUGGAGCAUGGCUUUCCUCCUCCCUGCCAUGCCCCCAUGGCUCCAGGCAGUGCAGCUGGG